UAUUAUUUAUUAGUCUGUGGAAUCAAUGCUAAAAUAAAUAAAUUACACUAAAAAAUAUAAAUAUCCUAAAAGAAAUAAAGGUGAAAUGACAAAAUAAGUUUCCCAACACAAAAAUUGGAUUUCUUUCAAAAUAAAAGUCAUUCAAAUAAAAGUUUUUUUUUUUAAGGAGCCAAAAUCAAGUAAACAUACACAUUAUCACAAAAUAAAAACUCCUGUGCAAAUACAUAAAGGGUUUUAAAAUAAGUCAUUCUAUGUAAAUAAGUAAUGACUAAUAUUUAAAUAUGAAAUCAAGAUACAAUAAAAGUAAACUUGAAAAAAAACUAAAAGAAAUGAAAGUUCAAUUUUAAUCAUUUUGCUAUUUCAGAAUAAAAGCACGUUUAAUUCAGUAAAUGUCUUAUAAAACAUCAGUCCCGUAUAAUUAGAUAGAAUAACAUAAUCUGAAUAUUAUUUUUUUCUAUAUUUUAAAUUAAAAUUACUCUUUCAAAAGGAUUAUUUCUUCAUUUUUAUUUUGAUAUUAAAAAUGAAGAAAUAAUCCUGAACUUUAACUUUUAAGGUUCCCUGAAACCGAGAAUUCAGGAAAAAAUAGAAAAUAAGUUUCCUGUGUUAAAUGUUUGUUAAAAUAUGAAAGCUCUAAUCUUUAUUUGAAAACAUAAGGUGUAUAAAAAUGAACUUGUGUCUAUUUUCAUUCCGAAGUCAUUUUAAAAAGGCCCCCGCUGAAGGAAUUAGAGAUGAACCUCUGAUUAUGAUUUUCAGUUGUUAAACAAAGCAUUAACAAUACUUUUUACUGGUUUUAUAUGACUUAAGAGGGAAAGUUUAACUUUAUCAGUCAAUCAUCAUCAAUCUGAGCACCACAAUAAAUGCAGAACUUAUUCUGAUGCGCUGGAUCGUAAAGGUUGUGUUAAAACAACACCAGGGCGGACAGACUACUGUCGCUGCCCCUCAAUCUGGGGGAAGGGUUAUAAGGUCAUUUCCAAGACCAUCUGAUGUCCAUCAAGACAUUAAGAUGAUGAGACCAAACAGCGCAGACAGCUCAUAGCACAGUAGUGGAGGUAUGAUAAUGCGGGCUUUUUUGUACCUUGCAGUCAUUGAGUCAACCAGGAACUUCUUUGUAUACCAAAGUAUUCUAGAGAUGAAUGUGAGGUCUUCUGUCUGAUGGCUGAAGCUGGUUCCAAACUGGGUCAUCAACAGAACGAUGAUGCCGAACACUGUCCUGUUAAAAUGUAAAGAAUUAAAACAGAAUGUCUGAGAAAAGAUGGAUUCAAUGGCCCAGUCAAAGUCCAGAUCUCACCUUGAGAUGGUUCCCAGCUUCAAUGAAGUGAAGCUUGGAAAGAAGAGACACGUUUCCUGAACAACGCAGUGAUGGAGUCCAACAGAAAACCUCUGCUUCUACAGCUUCUGGAUCACGGAGUGGGCUUAGUUUUUCGUGUGAACAAUAACUCCAGAUCCAGUGCUGAUCCAAAACAGAGCAUCGGACUGAGGGUGCUUCAAACAUGCAACGAAGAGACGGUUCCUGUUUGUCUCUUAAAAAACAAGCGCUGGACGGUGUGCAGCUGCUGCAUGGUUUAUUCAUUAUGUUCUCAUGUCUACAGGCUGAACCAGAGGGAGAAAGAUGAACAUGGACCUGUGCUGUGGAGCUUCUCCAGAUCCAUUCUGCUAACAGAUGAGUCAGAACCAACUGCUCCAAAGAUGGUUUAUGUUCAUCUCAGCUGGCUUCUUUAAAAGCUCUAGUGUUUGCAGAUGAAGAAACCGAUCUUCAGAGUUUAAAUAAGACAUACAUUUCUGUGACGUGCAAUAAAUAAAGUGAUGCAAGUUUAAAUAGAUGUGAGAGGAGUGCUGAGGAUGAAGCAUGUGGAGGUUUGUGGAACAGAAACAUCAAGUUUAUAUGAUGGAAAACAGAACGAACCAGAGAACAUCACAUCUGCUGGAACAUGCUGCAGCAUCAGAGCCUUUGUCUCACCACCAGAACUCCCACACAGCACAGAAACAUCUGCUUUACUUCUGUCCUGCAGAAAGAAGUGAAACAAGAUGAACAAUUCAUAUUAUUCAUACUCCGACUACGAUUACUACAACUCCACUGACGACUAUGCACCAUGUGCUUUAAGUAGCAACUACAGUUUUAACACUGUGGUUGCUCCGUACAUUCACUCCAUCAUCUGCAUCCUGGGCUUUGUGGGCAACAGCCUGGUAAUCCUCACCUAUGCCCUCUACAAAAGGACCAAAUCCAUGACGGACGUCUUCCUGCUGAAUGUCGCCAUCGCUGACCUGCUGUUCGUGCUGGCUCUACCUUUCAUCGUCUACAACGAGCUGUACUCUUGGCCGAUGGGUUUGGUGGCCUGCAAGCUGCUGCGUGGUUCCUACAGUGUCAACCUGUACAGCGGCAUGCUGAUGCUGGCCUGCAUCAGCACCGACCGCUACAUCGCUAUCGUCCAGGCUCGCCGGAGCUUCAGGUUACGCUCGCUGUCUUACAGCCGCAUUAUCUGUGCCCUGAUCUGGGUCUUUGCCUUACUGGUGUCUGUUCCCACUUUCUACUACUACAACUGGUACAAACCAGGACACAACGAGAUUAUCUGGGUCAAUGCCACGGAUGAGAUGGAGACAACAGAUUCACAUUACGUCUGUGAGUGGAAAUUUAAGGACAGUAAGACGGCAAAGGCAGUGAAGGUGGCUGUUCCCAGCAUCCAGGUCGCCAUUGGCUUCUUCCUGCCGCUGCUCAUCAUGAUCUUCUGCUACACCGCAGUCAUCAUCACCCUGCAGAAUGCUAAAAACUUCCAGCGACACAAAGCGGUCCGAGUGGUGCUGGUCGUGGUUGUGGUGUUCAUCGUCUGCCACCUGCCUUACAACCUCGUUCUCAUGUACGACACGAUCCAUAUGUUCAAACAUAGCGAUUGUACCGAGGAGGACACCCUGUACACUGCAAAAUCUGUGCUGCAGACCCUCGCCUACCUGCACUGCUGCCUGAACCCAGUGCUGUACGCCUUCAUCGGGGUGAAGUUCAGGAACCACUUCAGGAGGAUGUUCCAGGACCUGUGGUGUGUGGGUAAGAGGUACAUCACCCCACGCCGCUUCUCCAGGGUCACCUCCGAUACCUACAUGUCCACAAUCCGCCGCUCUGUGGAUGGGUCCAGUGAAAACGGCUCGUCUUUUACCAUGUGAAGAUGUCAAUCUCAGGAGCUCUGAUUCAGACCUGCAGGUCUUUAAAGUCCUAACUUGAUGUUUAUGUAAAUGGUUUUGCUUUCAAGCUAAUUUCAGCCACAACAUCUUGGAUUUAGAAAGGACUAAACGAGAGAACAAAUCAUGACACCCCCUGUUGUUCUCCACAUCUCCUCGCUUAUGAGGACAUCUAUUGCCCACAGCCCCCUCCAGGUGACUCUACAGAUUUAGUUCUGGACUUUGACUAGGCCAGGGUGACUAGGAUUUACAGCCACCAUUUAUUUCUAUUUUUAGAUGUUAAUAUUAUUAAAACCAUUUUCUUCUAUUCUAAAAUGAUGUAAAAAAACCAGAUAGUUUCCAACCUAAUGACAAGAAAAAUAGAAAUACUACUGGUACCUUUAGUGUUGUUCUGUUGUAGAAAUGACUUUCUGUUAUUCAUAGAAAAAACUGAAUAACUGCUAAAACCUGCAUUUGUUAUAUCUAUAUUUUUCAAAACAUUAUUUGUUUCUUUAUCAUAUUUUAACCAGUUAUGAAGAACCAUUGUGUAAGGUCCAAAGAACCAUAGAGGCCGGUCCCCCUGGAUUAGACCAGGCCAGAACUUUAAUUAUCUUCUGAUGAAGCCAUUUCCAUGUAUGUUUGGACUCACUGUGAUACAGAAAAAUAAAAUCCUGAUUCUAUCUGAAGAACAGUAAACCUACAGCAUGAUGCUGCCACCACCAUGCUUCCCUGGGGGUUUGGUGUCCUUUUGGAAUUGUGGCCCUAAAGUUCAGAUGUGGCCUCAUCCAAGGUUUUGGGUUAUUUUAGCCCGACCUGGAGGAUUUCUUCUGUCUCCCAACCCAACUCUUUAGUCCAGACAUGUGGAGAACACACCCAGUACUUGCUGGAAAGUCCUGCAGCUCCUCCAGUGCUGCUUAUGGCCUCUAAGCAGUCUCCAUGAUUCUGCCUCGUCUUUUACGUUUGGAGAAAUGUCCAGUUUUGAUGAUGUCACUCCUGUCCCAUAUUUUCUAACUUUAUUUGUGACAUUUGUGAUAAAUAAAGGCUGUGGAUUGUUCCUCAUAUUCAGGUGUGCCCUCAAGAACAGCUGGUUUGCAGCUGAACCAAAGCGUAUUUAAAGUCUUAGUUUAAAGGUGUGGAUCCGGCAGAAGCUCCCACUUUAUAAAAGAUCGUUAUUGUUGAUCUUAUAUAUUUAGCGUAUAAGAACUGGUGAAUGUCUUCAAAAUCUUGACAAAUGUCUAUUAAAUAUAAUUUAGGAAGAUUAAUCCUAAUAUUUUACUGACAUUCAGUGAUUCGUCUUUUUUUUUGCUUCAUCUGUUGAACUUGUUUAACCUGAUGAUGUUAAAUAUACAGGAUUCAUUUCUCAGCACGAGGCGGCUCUCUUUCUUUAUCGUCUUCAAUGUUCUUCCAGCUUUUCUCUGCCUAAACUUAAUCAGCUUUUGGAUGAGUUUUAAGGAUUAGACUCUGAAACUUUUGCCAGCUUUGAGGCUUUUAUUUUGCCUUCUAAAAGCUAAAGGAGGCUGGAGUUCAGGGAUUCAGUCAGCAAUGAAGUUUCCUGUUUUACUUUAAGCAACAUCAAUGUGCUGUUUGAAUGUUAACAAUGAGGCUGAUUUAAAAUCUUUGUUUUUGUGAAUUUUAAGUGUAUAAAUAAAUAUAUUUUCAAUCCAAA